AAGUGAUGUCUUAUUUGAGCGCAUCCACUUGGUCCCAGGAAGAGUCUUGUGAGGCAUUGCUAACAGAGUCAGCGCUUCAUUAACGACCCAGAGUAAUUACUGGAAGCUGCUGUAGUUACUUCGAGACUUACCCGAUGAAUCAGUUUGGACAGCAUCAGUACCCUCCACCCGAGUUAGGCGGUCCGCCACCUGGGCCGGUGCUGAGACCGCCGGUCUUUGGUGGACCACCUCCUCCCGGUCCCUGGAAUUGGUACCCGCCCGGACCCCCGGACACGUGGGGCUGGUUUGGGCCCGGGCCAGGUGGAUACCCUCCUGGGGGAGGUUGGUAUGGACCGCCCAUACACCAGAACCCUGAGUCCUAUCAACAUAACCGAAUGUAUGAUCAACAACAGAGGCACUUCAGACAGGAGUUUGUGACUCAGCCGGCAUCAAACGGGGGUACAGGACUGAAUCAGGGUGGUGGCGAGAAAAAGAAAAAGAAGAAAAAUGAGCCUGUAUUCACACACAACUGUGAUUCGUGUGACCGGGGUUUCAAAAACCAGGAGAAGUAUGAUGAACAUGUGUCCCAGCAUGUGAAGUGUUCGGCAGCAGGGUGCAAUUUUACUGCACACGAGAAGCUGGUCCUUAUCCACUGGAAAAACAUGCAUGUUCCGGGAUCAAAAAAAAUUCAACUCGAUACACCAGAGGAAAUUGCAAAAUGGAGAGAGGCGAGAAAAAAAAAUUAUCCAACUUUACAAAAUAUUGAAAGAAAGAUGAUGGUGAAACAAGAAAAGGCAGAAAGAGGAGAAGUGCUGUCGACUGUACAGUUUGGUAAAAUGAAGGGUAAAGGAAUGUGGAAGCCUCCUAAUGAGAAGGAGAAGAAUAUGCCACAAGCAAGGUUUCAUAAGAUCCAGAGGGAGACCAGAACUUCCAGUCACCCAGAGAGUGACAGAGAGCCCAGGAACCCCAGCAUAGAGCCCGCGCAGGGCAUGGACCCCCUCGGGAUGCUGGCAAACAGUGAUGCCGAGUCAGACGAGGAUGAACCUGCCAGAAUCACGGUGGUCCCGAAGCAGAUGACCUCAGGUCUGGGCUCACUCAUUGCAAAUUACGGGACUCUAUCCGACAGUGACAGCGACCAGGCACCUGAAGAAAUGCCUGUCAUGAAAGUGGCUCAAGCUCUAGAGGAAAACCAGGCUCUCUUGGGCAGAGCUGUGGAAGGUUUGAGUAGCCUGGUGCAGAGUGGAGGCAGACGGAUUGGAUCGGAAAGAAGAGACUGGGAAGCCCCUCCGUGCAAAAUGGCUCGUCAUGAUAGGAGUCGCAACCGGCCGAGGAAGGAGUGCUCCCAACAGAGAGGGCAGCGUAGACCAACUCUGCUGGAAAUGUUGCUGGCACGUGACAUACGCCAUGAGAGGAAUGUGAUCUUGCAGUGUGUGCGAUACAUUGUUCAACAUGACUUCUUUGGUCUGGAUUCAAAGUCGAACCAAGCCAAGGAAAUUAACCAAGUAUGGAUUGCUGAAGCUGCCAAUGACAUGUCUUCAGGAGAGCAUGAUGGGAAUGAGGAGGUGCUGGUGGCUGGGUCAUUGCCUGCUUCAGAGACUGAAGCUGCAGUAGAAACCAUGUCUUCAGGAGAGCAUGAUGGGAAUGAGGAGAUGCUGGUGGCUGGGUCAUUGCCUGCUUCAGAGACUGAAGCUACAGUAGAAACCAUGUCUUCAGGAGAGCAUGAUGGGAAUGAGGAGGUGCUGGUGGCUGGGUCAUUGCCUGCUUCAGAGACUGAAGCUACAGUAGAAACCAUGUCUUCAGGAGAGCAUGAUGGGAAUGAGGAGGUGCUGGUGGCUGGGUCAUUGCCUGCUUCAGAGACUGAAGCUACAGUAGAAACCAUGUCUUCAGGAGAGCAUGAUGGGAAUGAGGAGGUGCUGGUGGCUGGGUCAUUGCCUGCUUCAGAGACUGAAGCUACAGUAGAAACUGUUCCCUCGCAAGCACUACCAGUGUUCUCACAGUUUGUAGAUGAUGAGAUUUGGGAGAUACCUGCAGCUGCUCAGGAAGACUGUUCAUUGUGAGAUUUCAACAGACUGAUAAAUGUGAAUAUUACUAAGUUGUGUGGAUGUUUCUUUCUUUUGAGUGUACAAGGUUACUGUACCAGUCAUUAUGAAAAUACAUCUUUAAGUAAAUCUUAUCAAAUGAGUUGAUUACAAAA